AUGAUAAACACUCUAAAAGUGACAGAAGAAUUCCGCAACAAAUUCCUUCCGAGAGAAAUCGACUGCUGGAAGCGUCUCAACCACCCUCAUCUUGUCAAAAUUCUCGGCCAUUACGAGGCUAUGGACUACGUAUUCCUUACCAUGGAAUUUGCACGAGGAGGAGACAUGCUACAACACGUACAGAAAAAUGGACCAGUGAAGGAACAUCAAGCAAUGAUUUGGAUGUCCCAAGUCAUUUCGGCAGUACAUUACAUGCAUGCUCGAGAAAUUGUGCAUCGCGACCUCAAAUUGGAGAAUAUAAUAAUCUUUCCCGAUGAAGGCAUAAUCAAAAUCACUGACUUUGGUUUUGCGCGCAGCGUGAUUAGAGGUGAUUCGCUCUCGGAAACUUACUGCGGGUCGAAGUCUUAUUCAGCUCCAGAAAUUCUGAAAGGAGAACCGUAUGAUCCAUACAAGUCUGACGUUUGGUCCGUCGGAGUGAUCGCGUUCGUGAUCGUCACAGACUGUAUGCCAUACUGUGAGAAACGUCCCAACCCUCAAAUUGUGGAGGCGCAAAGGCUCCGUGCCUACGAGUAUCCAUCCAAGCUGCGCCUUUCAGAGGAAUGUAGAUUUUCGAUCGACACUAUGAUGACUUUCUCGUGGAAAGACCGACCAAGAAUCUCCCAAUGUGGCCUCUUACCAUGGUUUCAAACCUCAGUACCACGUACUGCGCACACGUUGAAACCAUAA